CCAUCCUUGAAAAUUCUGACCUGGUAGAACUGAGGUGGGAUUAAGGAAUCUCCAUUUUAAGACACUCUCCAGGGGAUAUUGAUACAUACAGGAUCAUCUGGAUUAGAUAUGUUGUAACAUAGGCUUUAAUCUUUAACAUUCUGAGGGCUGUGACCUAUGGCCAGAGCCAUUCUGUCCCCUUUAUAUAAACCAGGUCAGGCAUAAUCCUGCUCAGACGCAAGAGAGUAGAAAAUGACCCUCUUCUUUCCUGCCCCUCCAAGAGAUCUGAGAUACCCUGAAUUCCACUUUAAUGCCAUUGACUCCAUCAGCAACUCUGCCAAAAUCCAUCCAUAGGUGACAUGAAAUGAAACACCUGGAAGCUGAGGAUCAAAUCUUGCUUAGCAGCUCUGGCCACUUCCUACCUCUUUUGUGUCUGUUUUCUCAUUUGUAUUAUAGAGAUAAUUAAUCACCAUGUACUUGUCUAGGAGAGAACAGUUAAGAUCGAAUCUCUCUUUCUCUCAGUCUUCAUUCUCUACUCUUUGCCUCUCCUGUUCCCACUCCCAAUCCUUUGGCACUGCUCGGGCACCAGCUAUAACCAUCCUUCCCAUUCUACUUCAGGCACCAGAGAAAACACCAAGACCUAGAACACAGGGAUUCUAAAUUGCAUUGUCUGGGUGAGUUAGUCAGUCUCCUAGGAUACAGGGGAAAGAGAAUGGAGGGAUGUGCUACUAAGUAUCUGAACCCAAAUCUUCUCCCUCCUGAACCACAGUUUCAAACUUUGCCCAGGGGAUGAAAAUCAGGGCUAUGGGAAAUCAGUGGAGAAAAAAAGAGAGGAAGAAAUAGUGGGGAGAAGGAUGAAUACAGGAGAGCAAAGAGCAGCUGACUUAAGUAAGGAAACAGGGAGGAAGAGAGAGUAUCCGGAGAAAGAGUUUAAAAUAGUGGGAGCAGGAUUGGAAGAGCUUGCCACGGCUAAGGUUGGAAGAGUUUGACGACAAAAGGUGACUCUGGCGCUAGCUGUUGGAGCAGUGGGCGAUGGUGUCCCUACUUCAAGGGCGGUUACCUGUCAGUGAAGACCUGCUACAGAUGCAGAAAGGCACAAUGAUGCGCAAAGUGAGAUCCAAAAGCUGGAAGAAGCUAAGAUACUUCAGACUUCAGGAAGAUUGCAUGACAGUCUGGCAUGCCCGACAAGUUGGAGCAAGUGCCAAGCCCAGCUUCUCAAUCUCUGAUGUGGAGACAGUGCGUGAGGGUGAUGAGUCUGAAUUACUGCGCAGCCUGGCAGAGGAGCUUCCCCUGAAGCAGGGUUUCACCAUCGUCUUCCGGGGUCGCCGCUCCAACCUGGACCUGGUGGCUAACAGUGUGGAGGAGGCUCAGAUCUGGAUGGAGGGCCUCCAGCAGCUGGUGAACUUUGUCACCAACAUGGACCAACAGGAGCGACUGGACCAAUGGCUGAGGGACUGGUUCCAGCGUGGAGACAAAAACCAGGAUGGUCGGAUCACUUUCCAAGAAGUCCAGCGGUUACUGCAUCUGAUGAAUGUGGAAAUGGACCAAGAAUAUGCCUUCCAGCUUUUCCAGACAGCAGAUGUAUCCCAGUCUGGGACUCUAGAGGGAGAAGAAUUUGUAACAUUCUAUAAGGCAUUGACUAAACGAACUGAGGUGCAGGAACUGUUUGAAAACUUUUCUGCUGACGGGCAGAAACUAACUCUGCUGGAAUUUGUGGAUUUCCUCCGAGAGGAGCAGAAAGAAGGAGAUGGAGCAUCUGACCUUGCUCUGGAACUCAUCAACCUCUAUGAACCUUCAGAGAGUGGCAAACUGCGUUGUGUGCUGAGCAUGGAUGGCUUUCUCAACUACCUCUGCUCAAAGGAUGGUGACAUCUUCAACCCAACCUGCCUCCCCAUCUACCAGGACAUGACUCAACCCCUGAACCACUACUACAUCAACUCCUCUCACAACACCUAUCUACUGGGGGACCAGUUUUGUGGCCAGAGCAGCGUCGAGGGAUAUAUACGGGCCUUGAAGAGAGGGUGCCGCUGUGUAGAGGUGGAUACAUGGGAUGGACCUACUGGGGAACCCAUUGUUUACCAUGGGCAUACCCUGACCUCCCGGAUCCUGUUCAAAGAUGUUGUGGCCUCUGUAGCACAGUACGCCUUCCAGCCAUGUCUGUCACCUGUCUGGGAGAAGAUGGAGAAGAAACAGAAGAAGUGGCAGACUUCAGACUAUCCAGUCAUCUUGUCCCUGGAGAACCACUGUAGCAGGGAGCAACAGGAGGUCUUGGCAAAGCAUCUAACAGAGAUCCUGGGGGAACAGCUGAUAAACGCCACCUUGGAUGGGCUGCUGCCCACUCAAUUGCCCUCUCCUGAGGAGCUCCGGAAUAAGAUUCUGGUGAAGGGGAAGAAGUUAAGGACGCUUGAAGAGGAUCUUGAAGAAGAGGAAGAAGAGGAAGAGCUAGAAUCUCAACUUGAGAGGGAGCUGGAGGCCCAGAUUGAGCCUGAGAAUCAGGAGUUGAGUCCUCGCAGUAAGGACAAAAAGGAGAAGGUUGUGACUUGCCCGCUGCUUUGUCCACCUCUCUGUUGUCAUAUUACAGCCCAAGUUCCUAUUUCCAAGUAUGGGUCCCUUCUCUUUCUUAAGAAGAAAUCCAAGCCUAUCUUGUGCCCAUCUCUCUCUGCCCUGGUUGUGUACCUGAAGUCUGUCUCAUUCCACAGUUUCACUCACUCGAGGGAGCACUACCGUUCCUAUGAGAUAUCGUCCUUCUCUGAAACCAAGGCCAAGGGCCUCAUCAAGGAGGCUGGCAAUGAGUUUGUGCAGCACAACACCUGGCAGCUGAGCCGUGUGUAUCCCAGUGGCCUGAGGACAGAUUCAUCCAACUAUAACCCCCAGGAAUUCUGGAAUGCUGGCUGCCAGUUGGUGGCUAUGAAUGUGCAGACUGCAGGGCUUGAGAUGGACAUCUAUGAUGGCUUCUUCCGCCAGAAUGGUGGCUGUGGCUACGUGCUGAAGCCGGACUUCCUACGCGAUGCCCAGAGCUCCUUCCACCCUGAGAAGCCCAUCAGCCCUUUCAAAGCCCAGAUCCUCCUAAUCCAGGUGAUCAGUGGGCAGCAAUUCCCCAAAGGGGCCAAGACCAAAGAAGCGUCCAUUACGGACCCACUUGUGAGAGUGGAGAUCUUUGGAGUUCGUCCAGACACAAACUGGCGCGACACCAACCACGUGGAGAACAAUGGCUUUAAUCCAUACUGGGGACAGACACUAUGCUUCAGGCUCCUGGUGCCUGAACUGGCCCUGCUGCGUUUUGUGGUGAAGGACUACAACUGGACAUCCCGAGAUGACUUUGUUGGUCAAUACACCCUGCCUUGGACCUGUAUGCGACAAGGUUACCGCCACAUACACCUGCUCUCCAAGGAUGGCAUCAGCCUCCACCCAGCUUCCAUCUUCGUGUACAUCUGCACCCGAGAAGAGAUCGAGGAGGCUGAAUCCUGAAGUGGACAUUUCAUGGGAAUGGGGGGGGGGGAGGGUGUUAGAUUUAUAUGUUAAGAAAAACCUGAUGCUUCAGAAAGCAGAAAGAGGUAGUAAAAACCAAGCUUUGGAUUGUGUAUUCUAAGGCACAAAAUUACCUCACUCUUCCCAACAAGCAAAUGUAGGACCUGAUUUUUCACCUUUUUUCUUCUCUCUGUUUUCACAAGCCUUUGAAGGUAUCUUGCCCUUCCCUUUUGUGUACUCUAUACUGGAGUUCCUUCUCUUGCUGUAAGGCUCAAUCCCAGACCUGACCUAGAACUAAUCUCCUGUCAACUCUGGUUCAAAAUACAGACUGUAACUGGAAAUCCAGAAAGGGGCUUGGGGCAGAGAACCCGAAGAAAAUGUUCUCCUUCACCCCUAACUUCGUCAAAGUCCAAGGAUAGGGUAAUUCAAUGGAAGGAUAAAUGAAGCCUCAGGGCUCCCCAGGCAAAAAACUGGGGAAGGAGACAUGAUGCCAGCAGUGUACUAUGACUUUCAAGAUAUAACAGUGCACAGUCCUUAGGGUCCCCACUGGGCUGCUCCUCCUUAGCCCCACUGGUUUAAAUAGAACUUGUUUUCCCAGCUCAGCUUGAGUGUGGUCUAUCAUUACUGGGCAGGGAGAGGCACGAGGGUUGAGGGACAUUUGGGUAGAUAAGGUGGUACAGGGAAAAGGUGGAAAACUAGCUUUCCAGAGGCUCCCCAAAUGUGCUACAAAAGAAGGGUAUAGAGUUAUAAUAUUGAAGGGGCAGGGCAAAAGGAGAUAAAGGGUUAUGCGAUCCUAGUCUUCCUGAACAGUUUGUCUGGAAUAGUCCUGGUUUGUCUACUAUACCAGCGUA